GCGGCGCCCGGCGGGUCGCGAGGCCGCGCGUCACCGUCCUGCUGCCCGGUCGCCGCCCCCCGGCUGGUCCCUGGCGGGCGUCGGCAUCCAGAGCUUUGGGACAAAAUGCCAACGAAGCAGUGACCUGAGAGGAGAGGAUCCCUGUGGCCGGACCUGUUACCAUGUCCCAUCAACCUCUGAGCUGCCUGACUGAGAAGGGGGACAGCCCUUGUGAGACCCCAGGAAAUGGACCCUCCAAUAUGGUUCACCCCAGCCUGGACACAUUCACCCCUGAGGAGCUGCUGCAGCAAAUGAAGGAACUCCUGGUCGAGAACCACCAGCUGAAAGAAGCCAUGAAGCUAAAUAAUCAAGCUAUGAAAGGGCGAUUUGAGGAGCUGUCCGCCUGGACAGAGAAGCAGAAGGAAGAGCGCCUGUUGUUUGAGAUGCAAAGCAAAGAGGCUAAGGAGCGCCUUAAGGCCCUGAGUGAUGAAAAUGAGAGGCUGAAGGAAGAGCUUGCAAAAUUCAAAGAGAAAUCAGAAAAGCCAUUUGAAGACCUCACAGGUGACUACAGGUAUCCCAGAGGGGACUUGGAGCAGGAGGUGGAGAAGCUGAAGACCCAGGUGGAGCAGGAGGUGGAUCAUCUGAAGAUCCAGGUGAUGCGCCUUCAGGCUGAAAAGGCAGACCUGCUGGGCAUCGUCUCAGAACUGCAGCUCAAACUCAACUCCGGCAGCUCCUCGGAAGACUCCUUCGUUGAGAUCAGGAUGACCGAAGGAGAGACUGAAGGGGCAAUGAAGGAGAUGAAGAACUGCCUCACACCAAGAACGGACUCCAUCAGCAUGAGCAACUGUACGGAGGCUGCUAGGACCUGUGCGGAGUUUGAAGAAUUGACUGUGAGCCAGCUUCUGCUUUGCCUAAGGGAAGGAAACCAAAAGGUGGAGAGACUUGAAGUCGCCCUCAGAGAAGCCAAAGAAAGAAUUUCAGAUUUUGAAAAGAAAGCAAACGGCCAUUCUGCAAUUGAGAUCCAGACAGAGGGGAGAACAGACAAAGAGGAGGACGACAAUGGCCAAGAGAGUGUUGGAAGCGAAGUGGAAACACUGAGCGUUCAAGUGACCUCUCUGUUUAAGGAGCUCCAAGAGGCACACACGAAACUCAGCGAGGCCGAGCUGAUGAAGAAGAGACUUCAAGAAAAGUGUCAGGCUCUGGAGAGGAAGAACUCCGCAACGCCAUCAGAGCUGAAUGAAAAGCAAGAGCUCGUUUACAGUAACAAGAAGUUAGAGCUGCAGGUGGAGAGCAUGCGCUCCGAAAUCAAGAUGGAGCAGGCCAAGACGGAGGAGGAGAAGUCCAGGUUAGCCACUCUACAGGCAACUCACAACAAGCUCCUUCAAGAACAUAAUAAGGCUCUGAAAACAAUCGAAGAACUAACCAAACAACAGGCAGAAAAGGUGGACAAGAUGUUGCUGCAGGAGCUCAGCGAGAAGCUGGAGCUGGCAGAGCAGGCUCUGGCAGCCAAACAGCUCCAGAUGGAUGAGAUGAAGCAGACCAUCGCUAAGCAGGAGGAGGACCUGGAGACCAUGGCUGUCCUCAGGGCUCAGAUGGAGGUGUACUGUUCAGAUUUUCAUGCUGAGAGAGCAGCAAGAGAGAAGAUUCAUGAAGAAAAGGAGCAGCUGGCCUUGCAGCUUGCAAUGUUGCUGAAAGAGAACAAUGACAUUGAAGAUGGAAGCAGUAGACAGUCCCUGAUGGAAAUGCAGUGCCGGCACGGGGCGAGAACCAGUGACUCUGACCAGCAGGCUUACCUGUUUCAAAGAGGAGCCGAGGACAGGAGCUGGCAACACGGGCAGCAGCCCCGCAGUAUUCCGAUUCACUCAUGCCCCAAGUGCGGGGAGGUCCUGCCGGACAUGGACACGCUUCAAAUUCAUGUGAUGGACUGCAUCAUCUGAGUGUUCUCUCCACUCCCCAAAGCUCUUGGUAAAUGCCAGAUUUCUCCUCCAACAGUUGUACUUCUGUCUUCUUUAUUGUCACACAAAUAUUUUUGACACACUAUCCUUAUUUCUGGAGAAAGAAAAUGUACCCCUCCUAAGGAGAGCAUCAUCUGGACCGACAGGAAGUCACAAAGAAGAAUUAAUUAGCACCCUUCCAAAUGAGACAGCCAGUGUUUUUAUGUUCUGCUCAUGAGAGGCGCUGAGAGCAGUCAGCCAGAAUGGGACACCAUGUAGCCACGCUCAUGAAAUGACAUGGGAGAAACUCCCUGACGGGUGAGAACUGUAAGAGGCAGGAAAUUGAAAUGGUAUGGAAACAUGGCUGCAGUAUUUUUCUAGGUACAUCUUCCCUUAGCGGGCAUCUUGUUCUGUGGAUAAUUAUGUGAAAGUUACAUGGGCUUUCUCUGACUAAACACUGUAGUAUCUGUUGAUUCCAGGACAGGUGAGAGAUAGGGCAUGCUCAGGACUGGAGUACUUCUCCCAGCUGUUCAGUCUGACAUUACACUCAGUCUCUGUACUGGAGGUGUACAGGCUGGUACAGUACAUAGUUCAAGUUUUAAAAGAACAGCUAUUUUCUUCGCAGAUGAAGUAGUAGCUUACAGACGUCAGUUGUUACAGAGUAAACUUUUGCGACAUGUUUGUUUCACUGCUCACACAUAACCAGUAACACUGUAGUCUGUAUAUUCUGUAUUAAGCUCACCAGACUUAAUAUAAGCUUAAUACUGAGAUGUUUUGAUCAGUAUAAAUAGGAGCUGGUCCUUUUAAUAGAGGGCCAGUGCAUGUUUGAAUGAGAUCCCUGAUAAAAAGGUAAACAGAACCAUGUGUGGUGGUGCACAGCACACCUGCAGUCCCAGCACACGGGAGACCGAGGCAGAAGAUCGCCAGACAGGUCUACACAGAAUAAUGGGGAUUUGCCAAAGUUUGUGUUAAAGUUAGCAAGAACUAAACAAGUCCAAAAGUAAACAGCACCAAGUCCUAAAACAUUUAAGAAAAUUGUCUUGUGUUUACCAUAGUUCAUUCAUCUCACUGGAGCAUAAUAGUCAGAUGGCAGUUAACCCUCACACUUGACCAGUUACCCCUUCCAAGACAGUAGAACACUGUACUGUUCAUCAGCAGUUAGAUUAGCUCCCCCCCUCAGGCCCUAGGGACAAUGCUAAUGACAUUUCUAAAAUGACAAUGACAUUUUUUCUUUUCUUAUUGUUUCUAGUAUAAAUUUCUUUACUAUUUUAUACUAGAUAAAGUAAAUUUCUAUAGUAUCCCAGAUACAAGAGGAAACCAAACCGUUUCACAAUGAAGUUACUGGGAAACCCUUUCACUCUGUUCAAGUAUAAUUAUCUGAUAAAUCCAAACUGUGAGGUGAAAACUCAAAUGGUCUUAGUAAGACUAUGACCAAAACAUUUGUUUGAUCAUGAAGAGGAUUACAAAUGAAGGCAAGUCCAGAUUAAGACUUGGAGAUAUCUAUGCACAGCAUCUUGUUUGUUUGUUUUUUGUUUUGUUUUUUCGAGACAGGGUUUCUCUGUGUAGCCCUGGCUGUCCUGGAA